AUUCAAACUCACAAACUCGCUGUUAACAUCCAACCCUCAGCCUCCUCUUCAACAUGGCCUACAGCUGCUGCUCUGGAAACUUCUCCUCCCGCUCCCUUAGGAGCUGCCUGCCCUCCUCAGGAUCCUGCCGUGGCUCUUCCUACCCCAGCAACCUGGUCUACACCACUACCUCCUGUUCUCCCAGCACCUGCCAGCUGAGCUCCACUCUGAACCCUGGCUUCCAGGAGACCUGCAUUGAGCCCAUCCGCUGUCAGGAGACCUGCAUUGAGCCCAUCCGAUGCCAGGAGACCUGCACUGAGCCCAUCCGCUGCCAGGAGAGCUGCAUUGAGCCCAUCCGCUGCCAGGAGACCUGCAUUGAGCCCAUUAGCUGCCAGAGGUCCUGUGUGGUGCCCAGUUCCUGCCAGAAGCCCUGCUACUAUCCCAGGAGCUCCACACCCUACCGUCCCUGCCAGGGGACAUAUGCUGGCUCUCUGGGCUUUGGGUCCAGAAGCUGCAGCUCCCUGGCCUAUGGAUCUAGAAGCUGCUACUCAGUGGGGUAUGGAAAUAGUGGCUUCAGACCCCUCAAUUGUGGAGUCUAUGGCUUCCCUUCCUUGAGUUAUGGGUCCAGAUAUUGCUCUCCAAUCUAUUUUGCUUCUCGAUCCUGCCAACCUUGUUAUAGACCAACCUGGGGAUCAGGCCUCUGCGGCAUCAGCUGUUAAGUCUUUAACUCUCCUAUGUCUGUCUAUACUCUGAAGCUAUUGUUUUCCUGAUUAAUCACUACAGAUAGCCUACCAUCCUACCAUUAAUGGCUUUUUCUUCUCAAAAAUUGGGCAGAUUAUGAGAUUAGUUGGUUAUCCAGAAAUUAUGCUUUACUCUCUGUACUAUUGAUAUAGACACAUUCUAUUUUAUUUCAACCCAAGGUCAUUUGAAAAUUGAAAAUUCCAUCCAAUAAACUUGUGCAAUC